CAUCUCCAUCUUCAUCUCCACCUCCACUUGCAGGUCCAAGAUCCGUCUGCGUCCCAUCGAACACGCCAGUUCUUUCCGUCUGAGUGCGUCCCCAUCUCCGAUCGCAAUUUAUAAAAGCUCUGGCCGCCCAGCGAUUUCGCUGCAGUUGCAUCCCCAGAUUGCCGGCGAGUGGACGUGGACCGUGGAUAUUAGACACCAAAAGUUUCGGACCCUGGAUAGCCGCACCCGCAUAGCAAGGAUAUCCACCACCAUGAAGCGUCUCGAGUGGCUGCUGCUCCUGGCGUUCGUAGCGUCCGUGUCCACGGCAGUGGCUCCAAGGAGGAGGCGGCACAGCACGGUAGAUCACCCAUCGCCCACCGUCGCCGGUCCCAGUGAUUGGGGCUCGGCCUGGGGAUUGGGUCUGGGUCUGGGUCUGGGUCCGGAGAUGGCACUCGUGCGCAGGGUGUACGAUGAGUGCCAGGACAAGAACGACUUCAUUGGUUGCCUCAAGCAGAAGGCACUCCAUGCGCUCAAUCGUGCCCUGGACCAGGACUCCAUCAAGAUCGUGGACGGCCUGGUGCUGGAGAAGCAGAACCAGAGCGAAUCGGAGAGCAUUCUGGGCUCCCUGACGGAUGCCCGCCAGUUUGGCAGCCUGCCGCCCAUCGACCGAGCCCUGCUCUCCAAGGCGGACAAGCUGAUGCGGACGCACACGCUCAAGAUCGACAUGGAUGGCGGGCAGGAGAGCGUGGGCCGUGGCCACGGGCACAAGAAGAAGAAGCACAAGGACGGGGGCCAUAUCAAGUACGUGGUGGCCGCCCUGCUCACCGCCAUGGGCAUCGCUGGUCCCCUGGGCCUCAAGGCUCUGGCCGCGAUCGCCGGCAAGGCGCUGGUCAUCAGCAAGGUGGCCCUGACCAUCGCCGGGAUCAUCGCGCUGAAGAAACUCUUCUCGCACGACCACAGCGAGGAGACCAGCUUCCAGGUGCACGCCGGCGAACACAACAGGCGCAACACUUACGUGAUCCGGCCGGUGUCCAAGACGAGCGCAGGGGCAGGAGCCGCUGGCGUGGGCGUGAGUGCCGCCGGUGGCAGCUCUUCGGUGGAUCCGUAUCGCUACUACUACGAGUACCAUCAGCAGUAACGCUUGUGUGACGAGUCGGUGUCUGGAGAAAUCUCCGCUCUCGAGCGGCGGAGUCCUGAAGCAGCUAGGCUACCAAAGAACCGAUCCACAUCCAGUCGGGCCAAGUGGAGCCCGACAGCAGCCGUUCGUUCACCUUAACGUAGCUCCUAAGUUGUAGGCUAAUCUAUUAUGCAGUUG